AUGAUGUUAUCAGAGGUUGAGUCGUGGGUUAUGGAUGAUUCGGACAAUCCGGAUCUUGAUUUGGGGCCCCCGACAGAUAGGGGCCCCCCUCAUGGGGGCCCUUGGGGGGGGCCCCCAUCUGUAGGAAACUUGGGGGCCCCCAAUAGGGGCCCCUCUGCCUCUGCUGUUGAUCUUGAUGAUUUCCUUGGGGAUUGUGACCAAUCUCAUGCGUCUGUCUGGUCAACAGAAGCAGACCUAGAUAUGACUCCUAUGGUGCCUUCUCUUCGUGAUCCAGCGGCAGCAGCAGCAGCAGCAGCAGCAGCAACUGGAGCAGCAGGAUCGGAUAGAAGAGCAGCAGAAGCAGAACCAGAUUCUCCAGUGUCUGCAACAACAACAGCAGCAAGUAGAGACAAAUCUAGUUGGCCUUUGCUGCAGAGUGAGGGUGUAUCAGGGGGCCCCUCUAUGCGAUCUAGUGGAGGAGGCCAUAUAGGGGGCCCCCCUGUUGGAGGGUUCAGUAGAGGGGCCCCCAGAGGGGCUCACGGGGGCCCCCGAGGGUUCAGCAGCUGCUGCUAUAAUAAAUUAUCUAUGGGGGGACUAAGCUGCCGCAUGCGUUGGGGACCUGCCUGCUUCUCUUCUAGUGCCCAUCUCUUUGAUUGUGCCAUUACGACUCUCUCUGUAGUUUUAUUCCUUAACAGUGGAGACCUCUUUAUCUUAUUCCGAGGGGCCCCUCGUCGUGGGGCCCCCUCAGGGGGCCCCAGGGGGGCCCCCACCUCCUCGGGGGGCCCCGAUGAUUUCUUAAGGGAGUUACUUACUGCCCUGCGGAUCGCAACACAAGUCGUACGGCUUGUACCUCUGGCUAUGCACCAAAAACGUGCUAAGGUAAAUAAUUAUAGAUUAACAAGACCUAGGGGGGCCCCCAGGGCCCAGGGGCCCCUAGGGGGACCCGAUUGA